AUGACCAUAUGCUCUAUAUUAUACCUGCAGAUCAUCACAGCAGCCGAAGUUGCUGUGCAGAGGGAGGCAUCAGGCUUCAUCCCUGCACAGAGGGAGGGAAUUUUCAAAACAGCCAGUGUCCCUGCACAGGUGGAGGGGGUUCUCCAAACAGCCAGUGUCCCUGCAAAGAGGGAGGGGGUUCUCCCAGCAGCUAGAAUCAUUGCGCAGAAGAAGGAGAUCCUCCGAGCAUCAGAACUCAUUCCUGCACAGAGGGAGGGGAUCUUCCGAGCAUCAGGCCUCAUCCCGUCGCAGAGGGAAGGGAUUCUUCCAGCAUCUUCUAUCACUGCGCAGAAUAAGAAGAUCCUCAGAGCAUCAGGCCUCAUCCCUGCACAAAAGGAGUUGAUCCUCCUGAUGGCCAGUGUCACUGCGCAAAGGAAGGGAAUUGUCCCAAUGGCCAGCGUCCCUGCACACAGGGAGGGGAUUGUCCCAAAGGCAAGUGUCUCUGCUGAGAGGGAGGGGAUCCUCCAAACAGCCAGUGUCCCUGCACAGAGGGAAUGGGUUCUCCCAGCAGCUAGUAUCACUGCGCAGAGGGAGGAGAUCCUCCGAGCAUCAGGCCUCAUCCCUGCACAGAGGGAGGGGAUCCUCCAAACAGCCAGUGUCCCAGUACAGAGGGAGGGGAUUGUCUCAGCAGCUAGCAUCGCUGCGCAGAGGGAGGAGAUCCUCCGAGCAUCAGGCCUCAUCCCGUCACAGAGGGAGGGGAUUCUUCCAGCAUCUUCUAUCACUGCGCAGAAGAAAAAGAUCCUCAGAGCAUCAGGCCUCAUCCCUGCACAAAAGGAGUUGAUCCUCCUGAUGGCCAGUGUCACUGCACAGAGGGAGGGGAUCCUCCAAACAGCCAGUGUCCCUGCACAGAGGGAGGGGAUUCUCUCAGCAGCUAGCAUCACUGCGCAGAGGGAGGAGAUCCUCCGAGCAUCAGGCCUCAUCCCUGAAGAGAGGGAGGACAUCCUCCUCACAGGCAGUGUCCCUGCACAGAGGGGAUUCUUCCAACAGCUACUGUCACUGUGCGAAAGGAGAAGAUCCCCAGAGCAUCAGGCCUCAUCCCUGCACAGAAGGAGUUGAUCCUCCUGAAGGCCAGCGUCCCUGCGCACAGGGAGUGGAUCGUCCCAAAGGCUAGUGUCCCUGCAGAGAGGGAGGAGUGUCCCUGUGAAGAAUGGACACAAUCAUCCACAACCACCUCCCAUCAUCCCUAUGGUGGCACCACUGUGGAAAUGGGAUGGUGGAGCGUGUACUCCACCUGUGGAUUUCUAUUCCAAGAGGUCACUUAAACUUACCUAAUUAGUAAAGAAAUUACCAUUGUGAUAGCGGGAGAAUAAGCUGUGAUAGGUUAAAUGUAUGGCUCAUGUGAGUGUAUAGCUGUAAUACUUUCAUGCAUUUUCUACAUAAAACAUGUUUAGCUCCAUUUUACUUUGAAAUUUUAGUCAUUUAGCAGACGCUCUUAUCCAGAGCGACUUACAGUAGUGAGUGUAUACAUUUUCAUACUCCAGUGAAUCUCUCCAGGAUUUCGCGUGGAUUUUUUUGAUAUUUGCGGAUAAAUAUGCUAGAUUUUGCAGCAACAAUUAUGACAUUUUGCAUAGCAAUAUGCAAAUGUUUUGUCCAAUUUGUUGCAAAAAUGCGCUGACAAGGGGAAAAACUGUGUUGACGUGUGGCUUGAUUGAUCCAUAUUAUGCAGUAAAUGUGCGGUGAUUGGUUGAAAUUGCGAGCCCUCUUUUUGUACUGUGGUAAUGGGUCAGUUCUAUGCGAUAAUAUUGUGAUGAUGUGACUAUUUUAUGCAGAAAUAGUUUGGUAGUUUGGUGAGCCCUAGUUUGGUGAGCCCUCAAAAAAUUUGCAAGCCCUCACAUAAUAUGCAGGUAAUUGUUGAUUUUGCAACCAAAACAAUGCAAUGGCAGAGUCCUGGAGUAACCUCCCAGUAAUCCAUGUGACUGCGUGUAGGUUAAGAUUGGGUUGUAAAAGAGUAUCAGAGCGAGACGUUCCUACCUGUCAUCUAGUAAUUGUUUUGUGUGGUGACAUGAGCAGAGUGGCCUGACUUUUCCCACUUAUUACAGAUGUCCGACUUAGAUAUGUUGAGCAUCCUGCUAUGAUGUCCAUCACCAAGCCGGAACACUCCGAGGCCAACCCUCAGUGCCAGACUGGCAGCCGGCCGGUGGCUGAGCCUAAGACCCCUGCUGUUCACAAUAUCAGUGGAGGCUGGCUCAGCUGGGUCUUUGGGAGUGGAAGAGUUAAUAAAGAGGUUCAUCUACCUGAGGACAAAGACAGAUCUAUUGUCCGGGAUCCAACUCUGCACAGAUGGGUUAACAAAACUGAGCCCAAGGCUGAGAACAAGUGUGUACCACCACCUCCACCAAUGGGGACAUAUGGAUAUCAGGGGAACACUGGCAGUGUACCCAAAGGAGUGAAUCCUUACUCUAUGAAAGCAGCAGGUCUAUGGGGCAGCUGAUACCCUACAAUGCAUUACAAUGAUGGGACCAACUCAAAGCCUCCAAGCCAUGGGCCUGGACUGCUUCCUAGACAGCUCUCUGGCUUGCUCCCUCCUUCACACUUUGACCUCAUGGCACCAAUGGUUGUGCCACCUGACACUCUACCCUACUGAGGUAUGACUCUGGAAAAUCCUUCCAAAUUUUAUCCAUUCAUCAUUAACUGAGAUUUUACUUUAACAUAGCAAAUGGCUGAAGUAGCAAGGAUGUUAACUAUUUUUUUUUGUC